AAUUGUCUUUAUUCUAUAAUAACCCCCAAACCCUUGCUUCUUCUUCUUCUCCACCGCCGUUAGCUUCAAUGGCGUCAACUGAAUCUUCAAACCCUAACAGAGCAUUAACCGACACUCGUUUCUCCGACCUCAAUCCCCCGCUUUCCGCCGAAGUCCUUGACGCCUUAACUUCUUCUGGAUUUGAGUUCUGCACUCCGGUUCAGGCCGCCACUAUACCCUUGCUGUGCAGCUACAAGGACGUCGCCGUCGACGCCGCCACUGGUUCCGGUAAAACUCUAGCGUUUGUUGUUCCGCUCGUUGAAAUACUCCGCCGCACAACUUCUGUUAAACCUCACCAGGUCUUGGGGAUCAUCAUAUCUCCAACAAGAGAGUUAUCAUCACAAAUAUUCCAUGUUGCACAACCGUUUAUUUCAUCGCUUUCCGAUAUUAAGCCGGUGCUCCUUGUCGGAGGAUCAGAAGUUAAAUCAGACAUGAAGAAAAUAGAAGAUGAAGGAGCUAAUUUGUUAAUAGGUACACCCGGUAGACUACACGACAUAAUGGAUCGCAUGGAUAUCUUGGAUUUCCGUAACCUUGAGAUUUUGAUUUUGGAUGAAGCUGAUAGACUACUGGAUAUGGGGUUCCAGAAGCAGAUUAACUCGAUAAUUUCGUGCUUACCGAAGCUACGUAGAACCGGUCUUUUUUCAGCCACUCAAACUGACGCAGUUGAAGAACUAGCGAAAGCAGGAUUGAGGAACCCCGUUAGGGUUGAAGUUCGUGCAGAGACUAAAUCGUUAGGAUGUUCUUCUUCAUCAGAGCACCCGACCUCCUCAAAAACACCUUCAGGUCUACAUAUUGAGUUUAUCAAAUGUGAAGCGGAUAAGAAGUCGUCACAGCUAGUAGACUUCUUUAUUAAGAAUAAGUCGAAAAAGAUGAUAGUCUACUUCAUGACUUGUGCGUGUGUUGACUAUUGGGGAGUUGUACUUCCACGUCUUGCCGCUUUAAAAGGGUUGCCUUUAAUUUCUCUUCAUGGGAAGAUGAAGCAGUCAGCAAGGGAGAAAGCUUUAGCGUCAUUUACAUCUCUUUCGGGUGGCAUUCUUCUGUGCACUGAUGUUGCAGCACGUGGACUCGACAUUCCAGGCGUCGAUUGCAUAGUGCAGUAUGACCUGCCUCAGGAUCCUAAUGUGUUCAUUCAUAGAGUUGGCCGGACCGCUAGAUUAGGACGACAAGGAAGCGCCAUUGUUUUUCUUUUACCAAAGGAGGAAGCGUAUGUAGAGUUUUUGCGUAUUAAAAGGAUUCCAAUAGAAGAGAGUAUGUGCUCCGAAGAGGCACUUGAUGUGGUUCCUCACUUGCGUGCUGCUGCACAAAAGGAUCGUGAUGUCAUGGAAAAAGGACUAAGAGCGUUUGUCUCCUACAUUCGUGCUUAUAAAGAGCAUUACUGCAAUUUCAUUCUCAGAUGGAAAGAUCUAGAGAUCGGAAAAUUAGGCAUGGGAUAUGGCUUAUUACAGCUACCGUCGAUGUCGGAGGUAAAGCAAAACUCACUUUCGACUGACGGUUUUAUCGCUGUUGAAGAUUUAAAUCUGGCGGAGAUCAAGUUCAAGGAUAAAAACAGGGAAAAACAAAGAAAGAAAAACUUGCAGGUGAAGAAAGAAGUGAAGCAGCAAGAAGCAAAGACUCACAAGGCUAAAGACAAAGCGAAGAACACUGUUACCGUCAUGAAGAAGCGAACGGCCAAGAAAAGACGCGCUAUACAGUCCGCUGAGGAUGAUGAAGAACUUACUAGAGAAUAUCGUCUUCUGAAGAAACUAAAAAAAGGCACUAUUAAUGAAAGCGAAUAUGCAAAGUUAACUGGAACUGAGGAUUUGCUUUGAGACUAUGCUUGACCAGUUGUAUAUUUUUCUGGAGAAGAUGGUUGGUCGGGUUUAAGAAGUACUAGGACCAAUUGCAGUAGCAGGUAGAGAGAUGAUGCCGUUUUGAGGCGGUAACUGUGAAGAAGCUGUCGCUAAGAAGGUCAAGAUAGUAUUUGUUUUUACUAAGCUUUUGUCACUAGUUUUUUGUUUUUUUUUUAUAUUAAUAUUAUGGAUAUGGACUAAGUAGUUAAUGCGGUAAAAUAUCGGAUAUUGGUGAAGGACCGAUAUUUGAGAUAUCGGUUAUCGCGGUGGGAUAUCGGUAAUUUUAAUAUCAUGCUCAAUUUAUAUAUAUAGCAAUUUAACACUAACAAUUGUAACAAGUAAGAACUGACUAAGACUUAAAACACUAAUAGAAAAAUGAACGGUAGAAAUAAGAAGAAUGGUACUGAUAUCGGGAAAAUCGUUGAUUUAUCGAUCAAAUAUCGGUCCCAUAUCGGACAAUAUCGCUGAUAUUAUCGGUACCGAUAUUCUGACCAAUAUUUUGUACCGCUAUCUCGGCAGAGGACCGAUAACCGACAUAUCACUGAUAUAUCGGGAUAUUAACUACAUAGGAUAUGGAUUAAUCUAUGUGAAGAGAUGAGCCAAAUCAGUUCUGUACUGAUGCUGGUUAUACCCUGUUCGGUUUUUGGUUCAAAGUUUGAUCUAAAAA